CGGGCCAAACAGUUUGCGACUGACAACGCACCGCAUCCCAUUGUCUCCUGUCUGUGAUGCUGUAGUCCUGUACCUGAGUGUAAACAAAUCGCACGUGCUAUAAAUAACUGCUAAUCACAGUCUACUCAAAUGUAGGACAACUAAUGGAUGCUGCCCUAAAGGACAUCAGCUGGAGCGUGAACAGAAUGACGACCGCCAACAUUGACUACGACUAUCUGCUCAAGUUCCUCGUCCUUGGCGACUCCGGCGUGGGCAAGACCUGCCUGCUCUAUCAGUAUACGGACGGCAGAUUUCACACCCAGUUCAUAUCCACGGUCGGCAUUGAUUUUCGCGAGAAGCGUCUGGUGUACAGCUCGCGCGGACGUCGGCAUCGCAUCCAUUUGCAGAUCUGGGAUACGGCCGGACAGGAGCGCUUCCGUUCGCUAACGACGGCAUUCUAUCGGGAUGCGAUGGGCUUUCUGCUCAUCUUUGAUCUGACCAGCCAGAAGUCGUUCCUGGAGAUAACCAAUUGGCUGGAACAGCUGCGCAUGCACGCCUAUACCGAGGAUCCGGACGUGGUGCUCUGCGGCAACAAGUGCGAUCUGCUGCAGCUGCGCGUCGUUAGCCGGGAACAGGUUGCCGCAUUGGCGCAACGCUAUCGUCUGCCCUACAUCGAGACGAGCGCCUGCACCGGCGCCAACAUACAGCAGGCUGUCGAGCUGCUCGUCGGCCGUGUCAUGGAGCGAAUCGAGAACGCUGUCAGCAAUCGCGACUUCACCCUGCUGAUGGCUCAGUCACGCCGACUGCCCAACCUUGCCUACGGCCCGGAGCUGGUGCGUCUGCAUCAGCCAAGCGACAAUCCGCCACGCCGCAACUGCAACUGCUAAGUCGACCCGGGAGUCGGUAGUCGG